UCUAACUCUGCCAUGUUGGAUGGAACUGGCUCAGGGCUUCUACAACGGCAGGACUUCCAAGGAAAGUUUUCACCUCAUCCCGUCUUCGCUCUGUUGUCCCAGUUUGGACCUCAUUUUGAGGAUUUAGGAGACGUCAAAACAACAUUCCUACACUGUGCUCAUUUUCCUGCAGCUUUAUCUCGGCGGAAUACUCCGGCGCCGGUGUUAGGAGUCGGAGGCAGGCCACGGAUGACCGAGGAAUUGUUUAUGGAUCUUUCCGGGGCUCCUACAAGCAGUCAGCGGGUGCAGACUUCAUAAACUGAUCCUUAAUAAUGAGUGGAAUCCCGUCGCAACGGCGGCAAAUCAACGUCGGUUCCUUACUCAUUUCACCACAGGACAAUGAAAUCCUUUUUAACCACCUUGGCAAGAAAUGCACCACGAUGUCUUCAGGAGUGGUCCAGGUAUUCACAGCAGACCGAAACGGCAGCUGGAACAGAAGAUGCUGCGGGGUGGCCUGUUUGGUCAAAGACAACAUCAGGCGCUCCUACUUCAUCAGGGUCUUAGACAUCAGGGAGGGUAAGACGAUGUUUGAACAGGAGCUGUAUACUGGCUUCACUGAUAACCUACAGAGACCUUACUUCAUCACAUUCGCUGGAGAUACAUGCCAAGUGGGUCUGAACUUCUCUAGCGAGGAGGAGUCCAAGCGUUUUGAUGCCGCCCUAACAGAGGUGACGGUGAAAAGAAACAGGAGAACCGAGAAGAGGCGAGACCCUACAAAUGGACCUGCGUUGCCCAUGGCUACCAUCGACAUCAAAAACCCAGAAAUCAGCAACGCUCAUCGUUUUCACAACAACUCGCAGUUGAACAGCAUUGUGCACGCCUCCUUUCCCAGGAGGAUCAAAAAGGACAACGGGAAGAGGAAGAGGCUGACCAAGGCGGACAUCGGCACACCCAGUAACUUCCAGCAUGUUAAUCACAUAGGAUGGAAUCCAAACACUGGCUUUGACAUGAAUAACUUGGACCCAGAGCUAAAAAACCUGUUUGAUUUGGCCGGCAUCUCCGAGGCUCAGCUGAAGGACAAGGAGACUUCGAAGGCCAUCUACGACUUCAUUGAGAAAAAUGGAGGCGUGGAGGCCGUGAAAAACGAGGUACGGAGACAAGGUCCGCCCAGGUGGAGCGCUCCUCCACCACCUCCAUCCAGAGGGGGCCCCCCUCCUCCUCCACCCCCAUCCCAACAUCACAGCUCGGCUCCUCCACCUCCUCCUCCAUCCCGGCUUACACGAGGUGCCCCGCCACCUCCUCCCCACUCCAGACCUCCCGUCUCUGCGCCCCCACCUCCACCUCCAUCCCGACCGGGUAUGUCCGCUCCACCGCCUCCGCCACCCAGCAGAGGAUUUCUCCCGCCUCCCCCCACCCCAGUUCAUGCCUCCAUCCCUGUGGCCCCACCGCCCCCACCUCCACCGCCUUCUUCAGCUCCAUCCAGCAAUGGCGGUCCUCCGCCACCACCUCCUCCCCCGCCUCCUGGACCUCCUCCCCCACCCUCUGUGGAGGCUAACGGAGGGGAAGGCAAGUCUGCGCUGCUGAGUCAGAUCAGAGAGGGAGCCCAGCUGAAGAAGGUGGACCAGAAGGAGAGACCGGUGUCCACCGGCGGCAGAGACGCACUUCUGGACCAGAUCCGACAAGGAUUCCAACUGAAAACUAGGGAUGAUAACUCUGAACCAGCACCUGCUGAUGCAGCCCCUACAGCUGGCAUCGUUGGGGCACUGAUGGCAGCGAUGCAGAAAAGAAGCAAAGCUAUUCACUCUUCAGAUGAUGAUGACGACGACGAGGAUGACGAGGACUUUGAGGAUGAGGAUGAAUGGGACGACGAGUGAAACUUUUAUUUUUUUAUUUUUUCCCCCAUGACACUAAAAUUUAUCCCAGUUUUUCCAAAAUAAAAUCGAUGAAUUCGUAAUUAAAAUUAUAAAUGUUCUUUCAGUUUGCUGUAAAUUUUUUUUUGCCUUUAUGCUUUUUUUUAUUAAUCUGUGCAAUACGUCAUUUAAUCUGUUUGUCAGUCUAAUCUUAGAGGUUGUUGUUGGCUGCAUCUCUCUCCUGAUUGGAUCAUUUUCUUUGUUGCUAUACGGCUUUGACCUGUAUUCCCAGAUGUGUUGAUCACUAUCAGUUUGACAUUUUUCAUAUCUGCUGCCUCCUAUCUUUGUUCCCAUCUCCUCAAUGUGCAAUUUUAAAUGUCUCUGAGUUGAAAGUUUGCUAUAAUUCUUUUCUCUUCAGCGAUUGUUGGGAGGGACUUGCAAGAUAGUGAGACAAGUUGCCACAAAUUCUUUGUUAUUUAACAUUCUUAGAAAGGGAGAAAAAAAGGCUAUUUUCAUACCGUGUUGCUCUGUAGUUUAUUUUUACAUAUUCAAAUAAUUCUAGUUUAUUGGUUAUAUUUUCUUGAAAAAAAGGAAAAGGACGACAAUACUCUUUGGAAUAUUUAGCUCCAUUCGCUGCAGACUAAAUUUUAUUUAAACUUUCAGUCUUUCUAUUUUUGCACAGAUUAAAAAAUGAGAAUAGAGAAUAUUUGAAGGUUUGCUUCAUGAUUUAAAGUAGAUGUGCUUUAAGUAUGAAAAGGUGAGCUAGUAAUCGAUCACACUACAAACAGUAAUAAGGGUAGCCCACAGUGUUAUGUUUGGCCUCCUUUUUUUUUUUUAUGUCCGCAACACUACAGUUUUAAACAAAUCUGUGCUCAUCAUUUUUUUUCUUUUGCAGUAGAAAGUGGAGUAUUAAUAAAUGCCUGUUCUUUGUAAUCAGGUAAUUCAUCCUGUGAUGCUAAAAUAAAGAUAUUUUAGUUUUGCACACUGAUUCUUCUACUGGGUCCCCUGCUACAUUUAUGUACACCCCAAAUGCUGGCACAUAUAUUACUUAACACGGGUCUGCAACCUUUACAAUCCAAAGAGCCAUGUUUGCCAUCAAUCCAACUUAGAAUUUUUCAUAAAAGAGGAUGGAAACAAAGCACAUGGUUUCUAACCAUGAUAGAUCUAAAAAAUAUUACUGGUACUUUUUGUGACAUUCUGUUGUGAAAAUUCAAUGCAAAUAUAUCAUGUAAAACUGGUAUUUAAAAACAUUAGCUGGUUCUUUGUCAUUUUUUGUCAAUGUGUGAGGGCCAAAAGAGCCACAUGUGGCUCCAGAGCUGCAGGUUGCAAACUCCUGACCUAAUAUAACUUUUAUUCAUGGGAUGUAACAUUAGGGAAUCAACGCAUAACAAAAAUCAAAUUAUCAUGUAGACAUUUUCUAUUUAAGUUUGACUUUACAUUUUAAAAGUGAAAUUACUGUUUAAUAAAAAUAAUGAAUUUUGGGGUUUAUUAGAGGUAUGCAUUAUUACAAGAAACAUGAGAAAAAAUUUUUAGCUCAGCGGUUCUUGCAUUAUUGUUUGGACAUGAGACAAACGUUAUAUACCAGUCAACAGUUUCCUAAUGUUGGCCAUUAUAUGCCAACCGUACCUUAGUUUUACUCUGAGGUCAAGGUAACGUAGACCUGCUUAUGGUUAUUAUGAGGUGCUGGUCACUUUGCUCCUCCACCAUUUCGGUUUUUUAAAAUGUCCUGUGUCAUCUGCUACGGGACAUUUUGUACCAUACACGUCAAUUUUAGGCGGCUUUAUAGUAUAAAAACAUUGCUGUAUUGUAAAGCUAUCUAGCUGGGUUUCAAACACCUAAAUAAGUUUGAGUGUUCUCUGGCAUUUUCAAAGUAGCAUCUAAACAAUCAGAAUAUCUCAUAUUUCUGAUUAUGAUGCAGUCAAGUUCAACUCAAUGGUGCUUGCAUCAUCUCUUAAACAGAUAAGCCCAUCUCUGCUAUGGUCAGUAUAAUUUGUUAAGGUUAUGUUACAGAAAAUGGACACUAUCUGUUCGCACCUUCAACAUGUUUUUGUUUUUCAUACCCAGGAACGUCAGCUACAAAAUAAAAUAUAUUUUGGGCAUGAGAAGGUCCCAUCUGUCACAGGAAGUUUCCUCCUGACUGUCCAUAUUCGUACCUGUUUAGGAAAGUUUUAUACCUGCUUUGAUGAAAGAUAAAAAGGUAUAACUGUUGUAUAGUAGUCCUGAAAAUACAGAAAUAUAGUCUGUAUUGGAAAAAACAUGUUUUUUAGUGUUUAGAACCUAGCCAUCCAGCUAGCUUAUAAACUGUUAAAAAAUAGACCUUCCUUAUAGGUCUUUUUGCAUUUCAAAGCAUUUUAUUUGGAUAAAAAAUAUUUUGGGUUAGAAGACAGGAAUUUCAAAUGACUGACCUGAGCAACAAAAACCAAAGAAAAAAGAGAUUUACUACGAUCUCCAGCCCAUCUUCCCCUAGCAACACCUUAUGUUCUUAGCUGCAGAACAGAAUGGUAAAGAUGUCAUCCAUUAGUUUAAAAUUUACAUUUGGCCUUUUUAAGAUGACAAUGCUCCAUCAGUCAAACACAAAAUGCAACAAUUAAUAAUAGUUAAUGUGAGGUUAAUGUUAUGGGGAUUUCUUUCUACCCCAAAAAGUCGAAUAGAGGAAAAACUUUAAGCUACGGUCUCCCAGUGUACAUUUCAUACUAACCUUCUCCUACCUACUUUGACUAUAGAUAAAGCAAUUUUUCAAAAUCUGCCUGUAGUCUACUGUAAAGAAAUAUGGUUGUAUGACUAAGAAGUAUAUGUCCAGCAUGAGGUUGCUUACAGGAGUUUAAAAAUGUAAUACUUAAAGUCAAGCGGCCCAAAUGAGCCAAAACAACAAUCAAUGAACAUUGGAUGUGAAGACAGAAGUCUGAGUCUUACAAUAUCUCAAAGCAAUCAAAAUACUUGACAAACAAGAAAAAUAAAUGCAUAUUUUAUAGGUAAAUACAUGGAUGUGAAAUUUGUUGACAGUGUAAAAAAUAUAUUUCUUCUUAAGGAAAAUAAAGCUGACUGCAAAACA